AUGGCCAGCACUGAUGGAGGUGCUAGCUGGGGAUUACCCUUGUGGAUGGGGCCCUCGGUGGCUUGGUUUGGUGGUGGUGUUGGCAGUCCUCGGCUCAGGCCACCAAUGGUAAUUGGCCAAUUCCACACUCUUUUCUUUGGUUCAGUUUAUAUGUUAUUCCUUGGCACCUGGGGCUUUGCUGUUCAUGGAAAUGAGGCCUUGCAUUUCAGCUGUGACCCAGAAAGACAGGUUAACCUUUUCUGUUACCAGUUCAGGCCUAUAACUCUUCAGAUAAUACUCUUCUUAGAACUGGUGAUUGUACUGGUACCUGGAGCCCCUUUUCACCUUCAUGCUGCAUGUAAGAGCAUCAAACAGGGAGAUAUCUACCAAAAGUCAUUCUACACUGGUUUUUGUAUCUUCUCUGCUUUCUCAAGGAUUAUCCAUGAAGCUCUGUGGCUUUGGCUUCAAAUUCAGCUCUUCGGUUUUGAAGAGAAUGCAGUCUACCUGCAUGAUGUGGGAGCACUUGAAAAAAAGUUCAACAUUACUCAAUAUGUGGGACCAAAGCACUUUGCUAAGACCAUUUUUCUCAUUGCAAUGUACACAUUUACUGUGAUUACAGUGGUUUUUGUUGCCAAAAUUUUUGAGAUCUCAUGUAAAAGGCUGGGUUUCUCAAGAACUCUCUGA